CCCACAGCUACGACGCGAACGAGCUUUAAAAAGACGCUGGUGCGCGCCGCCGCCGCCGACGAGCUGUUGCGAGGGGCGAUGGAGUCGGGGCCGCGCGCGCAGGAAGGCUGCUGAUCUCCACACAGAAGCGUCACGUCACGGAUCCGCAGCGAGCGACAGAGAUGCUGAGGUGACAGGCAGAAGGAGAAAAGGGUCGAUCGCGUUCUCACACUCAUUAUUUCCCCUCCUCCGCUUCUUUAUUUAUAACCGUCUUCGCUUCUUCCACGGACGUUUCUCUCGCUAUGGGAUUCCGCUGCGUGUCGUCCCCGCCGCCUCCAAACGCAGCAGAUUUUCUGUAACCACACCCGGCGGCUCCUCUUUGGAUCAAGCUCUGGCAGCAAAGACCCGAGUGUUCCAGUGUAACGUCCUCCACGCCAGGCGGGACCGUGUGGCCUGUGUUGGACAGUCAGUCACUGUGUGCUUGGACGCGCCUGAGUAAAUCUGCUGUGGCAACCGACUCGCUAUGCAACGGCUCUCACCGCCUCAGCAAAGCCAGCAAAGGUUCACCAUCAAGGAACAAAUGUCUGGCCCAGUGUGAGGCUGCUAGUCGAGGGGGGAAGCACUGAGGACAGCAUCCCUGGUCCAAAGGCGGAAUGAGCGGGGGAGCGGAGCAAGCUGACAUCCUCAGCGUGCUCUCCCUGGUCAAGGAACGAUGGAAAGUGGUGAAGAAGAUUGGCGGCGGGGGGUUCGGCGAGAUCUACGAGGCGCUGGACCUGCUGUCGCGGGUCAGCGUGGCGCUGAAGGUGGAGUCGGCCCAGCAGCCCAAGCAGGUUCUCAAGAUGGAGGUCGCCGUGCUCAAGAAGCUCCAGGGUAAAGACCACGUGUGCCGCUUUGUGGGAUGUGGCCGCAAUGACCGCUUUAACUAUGUGGUGAUGGAGCUUCAGGGUCGUAACCUGGCUGACCUCAGGAGGAGCAUGACCCGGGGCACGUUCAGCAUCAGCACCACCCUGCGUCUGGGUCGCCAGAUCCUGGAAUCCAUAGAGAGCAUCCACUCUGUCGGCUUCCUGCACCGUGACAUCAAACCAUCCAAUUUCGCCAUGGGUCGCUUCCCCAGUACCUGCCGUACCUGCUACAUGCUGGACUUUGGUUUAGCUCGACAGUUCACCAACUCUUGCCAGGAGGUCCGACCUCCUCGUCCCGUGGCAGGGUUCAGGGGAACAGUGCGAUAUGCGUCUGUCAAUGCACACAAGAAUAAGGAGAUGGGCCGCCACGAUGACCUGUGGUCCCUCUUCUACAUGCUCGUUGAGUUUCUGGUCGGUCAGUUGCCGUGGAGGAAGAUCAAGGACAAAGAACAUGUGGGGAAGCUGAAGGACACGUACGACCACCGUCAGAUGCUCAAACACCUGCCGGCAGACUUUGGUGUGUUUUUGGUACACAUUUCCAGUCUAGAUUACUUCACCAAGCCUGACUACCAGCUGCUGAUGUCCGUGUUUGACAACAGUAUGAAAACCUACAAUGUGGUGGAGAAUGACCCCUAUGACUGGGAGCGGACCGGCACCGACGGCACCUUGACGAUCAGUGCCAGUGCCACGACGCCACAACAUCACACCCGCCUCACUCCAGCACAUAUGGGCAUGGCAAACGCCUCCCUGAUACCUGGCGACCUAAUGAGGGAAAACACAGAGGAGGUUUUGCAAGAUGAGCAGCUCAGCGACGUGGAGAACAAUCAUCCCGAGCGCCUGCCUGGCUCUCCCCUCCACGCGCACCGCAACCAGGAGGCUGACGUCUGGGAGGAGCUGGACCGCAACCGUAACCGCAUCAGGACAGCUGUGUGGAAGGCGGCAGAGGAAGAGCAAAGCAACAACCAGGGCAACCAAGGACACCAGACUCCCUACACCGGGCCAAGUCUGGGCUCUCCUGUCAAACUGCAGUCUGAGGUGAUGGCUUCAGACCGCGACGGCCCUCUGCUGAGGAAACUCCGCAACAUUCACAGCUUUGAGCUGGAGAGACGGCUUGGCCUUGAGUCAAAGCCCAGUCCAGAGCGCUUCCUGGACGCCUGCUCAGCAAAGCCUGGGUCUCCACACCAGGAGAAGGAGGCUAACGGAGCUGCAAUCAUCUCAAUAACUCAGGGUCAAACUGUACCUGCCGGGGAGCGUCCUGAUCGGAUCUGGCAUUAUGAUGAGGAGUUCCUGUCUGGUGGUGGUUCUCCUAAGCCAGCAUCGCCUGGAUCUCUUGAGCAGGGAGAGGGGGGGGCCAGCAGCGGGGGCUUUGUGGCCCUCAAUUUGAGCUCUGGGAGGCAGGACAUUGACUCAAGGGAGUGGGUAUUGGUGGAGCGGCCCACUGGCUCCCCAGGAGCCAAGGCCAACUCCAACCCAUCGGAGGAGGAUGAGGAGCCUGAGGUGCUCCAGCCAGGGGAACAGUUUCCUGGAUGGGAAAAGGGAGGCCCAAGCCCAACCUCUGGGAAAACUAAACAGGAAACUGUGUCUUCCUCCAAGGGAAGUGCAAAAGUGGACAAGUUGGAGCUUAGUGUGGGCCCAGCGGAGGCUUUACCCCCCAUCACUCCGACCAGCCCAGGGGAAGCUUUAGCUGAGGGAGUUCUCACUCAGUUCCCCACCUCUCCUCCAUCCCUGCCGGAGGAAGUGGCGGUGCGGACAUCCAGCCCCGUCCCACUGCGUUCUCCCAGCCCUCACACCCUCAACCUGACCACCCUAUCGGACCCACUGCACCAGCGGCACUCGCCGGCCUUGAGGCGCAGCCAGUCUGCUGACCAGCAGCGGCAGGAGCGUGCCUCCUCCUCCUCCUCCUGCCAUGCCUCGCUUCCACUACCACCAAACCCCGUCCCCGGCACCCGCUCACCCAGUCGUAGGAAGCUGCCUGCCAUCCCGGUGGGCGCUGCCAACGCAAAGUUUCCCUCUAUCAUUCGCAUCACACGCGCUCAACUCCAACAGUUGACAGCUCAGCGUCCGUCUGGGCUGUCCUCCCAGUCAGGAUCAGACAGUGCUCCACAGUGCCUCCUCCUGGAGAGGCAUAGUGAUGCUGAGGCUGAGGCUCAGCAGGUCCAGGAGCAAACAGUGGACAUCAUCUCCCCACAGGACCCUGUGCCCACACAUCCAGGGACACCCACAGACCCUCUGGCUGAAAUGGUGGUCAAAGGAGACAGCCACACCAAAGCUCAAAGCCCUGUGCCAAGCCGCAUGUCCUCCCCGCGUUCCCCCCGUUCUCCGCGCUCAACCUCCUCUCCGCAGUCUCCUCGCUCUCCUCACUCCCCGCAUUCGCCUCGCAGCCCCGUUUUUGCCAAUGGCCACUUCUCCCCUCAUAUUUCAGGCCAGAAUGAUUGCAAUGGAGCUUUUCCACAACUGAAAGACCCUGAGAAUGAUUCUAGCCCCACUCCCUGCGCCACAGCGUCUAAUGUAAGACAGGAGGAGAAUGGAGAGGUGAUCCAGGCCCAAGAUCAGAAUAGUAACCCAGUCCUUGCCUCCCCGGCUGCUUCCCGUAAAGACCCAAGCCGAAGGCAAAGUCGCAUUCCAGUCUUGGAGCCCUCUAGCCUGCUAGAACUUCCACCUCCGGGCUCUGCCAAGGAGAAACUCUUACAGAAGAAAGCCAGCCACCAGGGCCCAGUCCCCUCUCCCACUGCCUCCCCGUCCCUCUCUGAUAGGCGUGGCCCCUUGGUGGCCUCCCUUGCAAGGGAUCCGCUGUCCUCCACUUCUGAUCGCUCCCAAGACGAGGACUCCCUUAUGGGUUCCCGUUCUGACCGCCAGGGAGACGAGGCUCCUUCCCUCUCCACCUCCUCUAGCCCUCUGUCCCGCAAGAGUAGGAUCCCUCGUCCCAUUCACCCGGCCUCUUCAGCUGAGCAGCUGGCUGCCCAAUUCCUGCCACGCCCACCCCCUGGAAAGCCACCUUGCCGGUCCACAGUGGAGGGCAGGCUCAGGCGUUACCGCAUCAGAGCUGGCAGCACCAGUGACUCUGACCUUCUGACAUGCAUCGCUCAGCUGAUGCACGGCUCCCGCGGCUCCCCGCUCCACCACCGCUCCUCUGGCCAGCACGGUGGCUCCAGGACGGGCAUGUGCAGCCUGACGAGCUCCCCGCACCACCACCGCAGCUCCAGUGCCUCGCCGCGCAGCUCUUCCUCCCUGCAGCGCUCCGUCAGCUCCUCGCCGUCCCGCCACGAACACCGCGGCGGCGGGGGAGGGGGCUGCCUCGGCCGCAGCCGCUCGCCGCCCAGCUUCUCUGGCUCGCCGCCCGCGCGACGCUUCUACCACCACCACCACCACCAGGAGACCUGCUGCAGCCGCCAGGCGCGCACAAGUUCCUUCCACCUGACCAGGGGGAAAGGCUGCAGCCGAGAUGGCAAGUGCUCCAGCAAGCUGAGCAGAUAGUCGCCCACUGGGUUGUGAUGCCACAGCAGAGGAGGGAAGACUCUAACUAUAGCAGAGUAGAUGCCAGUCAGGGUAACAACCUGAGUCUUCCUCCAAAAUUAGAUAAGAAGAACUGGAUUCCCUGUUUUAUCCUGUCGGUAUAAACUUUACAUUUGUCUUGCCUCUUCACUCCUUCUGUUUGCACACAGGGUUUUUAUUGUUCACUUUUGUUCCGCAUCAAAGGGGAAAUUCCAGCCAUUUUAGCCUAAAAUGUCUGUAAAGUAGUGAGACUCAGUGGAGACCGAUUUAAUUAACAGUGGUCAAAAUCUGUGCGGCAGACGCUGAGAUCUCCUGAGACCAAACGCUUCUUAAUUUGAGUUAAAUGAACCUCACAAAGGGUCCCAUUAUAGUAUUUUACCAGACAAACUACUGUAUAUGGACGCACCGGGUCCUCAUUUUAUACUUGUUAAACAAAAAGAUGUCGAGAAAGGUAGUGUAGCUGCGAGACUAAACUGUUCAUUCCCAAAGCAAGGUGUUUUUUUUUUUAAUGCACACAUGGAUAGUUAACUGAGCCACUAGGCACAUGAAUAGAUCAACUUUUCCCUGCUAAACCUUCCUGCAUCACAGUAUAACGUAGUCACUUAUUUAUCCCCAGUAUUAAUGCACUUGGAUCACACUGAUGGAAGAUCAGUGAAGCAGUGAGUUCCAGCUUCAUUUAACUUUGGCCUGUGGUUGAUUUCUCAGUUGUCAGGCAGGGUAUGAUAUUUACAUUAUGCUAUGCGUGAAUGCGUAAAGCCUGACUUUUUGUGUGUACAGUUGUGUAUUUAUUGAGAUAUUUAUUUUAAUGCCUAGAGACACUUGUGGACUCCUCCCCUCUUCUGUGUGAUCAUGGAUGUGCCGUUUUCUUUGUCACUCGUGUAUGUUUUAAAUCGAAGGGAUUACGCCGCAGCGACCCUCAGUACAAUCAGUCAUAUGAAGUACGCGUGGACACACACACACACACCCUUUUGUGCCUACUGUGUUUCUGAGAAGGACUCUGAGGGAGUCGCAGUUGAGUCGAGGCUGGACUUCUUUCGGAAUCCGGAGGCAUCGUUGAAACACGUGUUGGUAUUAAGUGUGUAGUAGCAGUAGUGAGCUGAAAGAGCACCAGGUACAUUACUGAUGAGUAACGUUCAGAUGCAGAUCUUUGUCACAGCACGUGCCUUGGCACUUUGGGCAGCUUGAGGAUUCACUCUGGUUUGUCUGUGAUUAGAAAAACAAACAAACAAACAAACAAACAAAAAAAAGGAGCCAAAAAACAGACAGUGCCAGUGGAUAUACGACGACCCUUUUCACUUCACCAGUAUUCUUUCAUGUAGAAAAUAAUAGCCACGCAAUUAUAAAUCUGACACAAUGAAACCAACUUGAGAACAGAGUAUGUCAUUGGAUAUGACUCAUGGGAUUAUCCUGAAGUUUUGAACCCCCAUUUUAGCUCUCCUGUAUGCACCAGGCUAGUGUUUGAGAUUAAACUUUGAACAAAUGUGAAUUUCAGACCUCAAAACUACUUUGUUUGUCAAGUAUUACUGAAAAAAUUGAGGCCAUAUUUGUCACACA